AUUUCCGUUCUAGUAUGUAUCAAGAUUUUGAUGUUGAUAACAUGCUUCCAAAGAGGCACAGGCGACCACCCUCACGCUACGGCUUUAAAAUGGAAUUGAACAUGGCAUCUACUCACGUUGAUCGUGAAUUGCCGUCAUGCUUCCACAGUAUUGUUCAAACUAACCCAAGCAAGUCGCCUCUUGUUCAAGAAAUCGGCACAAUUAACCGAUACAGACAGCUGAAACUUGCAGAGAGCCGAUCACAGAUGGCAGCGAGAUACAACAGAAACAUCAUUUACCAAAAGCGGAUGCAAGAAUAUCAGAAAAGAGUCUGUGAGAGAGAGGCUAAGGAAAGAGAUAUAGGCCUAAUCAAUGAUCAACCCACUGUCACUACUAUAGAAGAGGUAGCCGAGAAUGACGUAAUCGACUGAAGGUGGAAGAUGGCAACAGAGGAAAUUCAAGUUGGCAGAAAAUGGCAACAGAGGAAAUUCAAGUUGGCAGAAAAAACGUCAGCAACACUGUUUCUUCAAGGACUUAUAAUAUAAGUCCUUUGUUUGUUAGAUGGCGUAAAAGGAAGUUGGAAGGAGUGUAUUUUCCCUAUUAGUUGAAAGACAAACAACACACCACCCACUGAGAUUUUCAGUUGUAAAACCACCAACUAAUGUUCUUCGGAAAUGGAAGGACUGAUCGGAAAAUCAUACCCGAUUAAAGUGUGGGAAAUAAGAAGAGUUAGCAUCGUGUGCACUGUCAACUGGGAGUGUAGGUCGUCAGAAAUCACCAACGGUAGGAAGAUGUUUUUGAAGUCGACAAAAAAAUAACACGUGAUGUCCGAAUUGAAGUUGAACUGACAAUGAUGAGCUUGUCAAAAACAAUGAUAGUCAAUGACGAUAUGAUUAACAAUGAUCAUGCUCAAUA